AGCCCAAUUUCGUCUCCUCGCAGCUGAAACCCUUCUCCCUCCAGUCCCCUCGGCUGCAAUGGCGUCCAUAGUCUCAUACAAACUCCUCCCAUUUCCACCUCCCCUCUGCGCUCUCCGCAACAGUAAGAAGAAAUCAAGCAAGCCAAUCUCCAAGCACUCCGAUCGCCUCCUCUCCUCUCUCUCCUCCUCCUGCGAUCCCUCCGCCGCGGCCCACGUCAUCAGAAGAUUCGUCUCCUCCUCCUCCAAAUCCACCGCCCUCCGAACCCUCUCCCUCCUCCUCUCUCUCUCCUCCCCUUUCUCUCUCCCCUUUUAUCGAAGAAUCAGCGCUUCCCAUUGGUUCAAGUGGACCCCCAAGCUCGUCGCUGAGGUGAUCGCCUUGCUCGAAUCUGACGGCCAUCCCCUCGAAGCCCGGGAGCUCGUUUCUGAAUCGGUUUUGAGGUUAUCUUCUCAAAGGGAGAUUGCCCAUUUCUAUUGUGACCUCGUUGUUGCUGCGUCGGGUAGAGGAUUGAAAGAAUUUGUUUUGGAAUGCUGUGGUUGGAUUAAAGAUACGGGUUUUGUUGGGAAAAGGGUGUUUGAGUGUAUGGUCAGAGGAUUGAGCUUGGUGGGUAUGGUUGAGGAUGCAGAGAAGGUGCUUGAUGAAAUGGGUCACUUGGGGUUUAAGCCAUCGGGGUUUGAGUAUAGAGUGGUGAUUCAAGGGUAUGGACGGUUGGGGUCGUUUAAGGAGAUGAGGAGGGUGAUUGGGAGAAUGGAGAAUGCUGAAAUUGGAAUUGACACGGUUUGUGCGAAUUUGGUGCUCUCUUGUUAUGGUGACUAUGGAAAUUUGGCGGAAAUGGUUACUUGGAUUAGAAAUAUGAGGCUGUUGGGGAUUAGUUAUUCUGUUCGAACUUGCAACUCCGUAUUGAAUUCUUGUCCUAGUGUAGUUUCGAUGGUUAAGGAUUUAGAGAAUCUUCCCCUUUCGAUGGAUGACCUACUCGAAAUGUUGAAUGAUGAGGAGGCUUUGCUAGUUAAGGAAAUGGCUGGCACAUCAGUCUUGCUUGAGAAAUUGACGUGGUCUGAUUCAGAAGGAAAGUUGGAUUUGCAUGGUUUUCACUUGGCAUCAGCAUACAUUAUCCUAUUGCAGUGGAUGGAGGAGUUCAGGCGUAGGUUAAGGGUUAAAGAAGAGGUUCCUAUUCCUUUGGAGAUCUCGGUGGUUUGUGGGUUGGGCAAGCAUAGCAUCAUGAGAGGGGAAUCACCUGUUAAAAAGCUUGUUUCAAAGCUAAUGUCUCGAUUGAAGAGUCCAAUGAAGAUUGAUAGGAAAAAUGUAGGUAGGUUUGUUGCAAAGGGAAAGGCUGUAAAAGAUUGGUUGUGCUGACUUUUAGACAAGAAAUAGGGUUUAAUUUCUUCAUUCCAGCAUCUUUGGGCCUGCA